UUUACUAAUUGUCCUAGAAAAAAGUUAUUGGUAGAAAAUUUUUUGAUUUUUGGGUGUGAAAUUUUUCCAACCUAAAAUUGAAAUAUUUGUCUCGGCUCCCGACGACCUCGCCGCCGCUUCCUCACAGAAACAGUGGUUCAGCUGCUAACCCCCCGCCGUUGGAGAGAUCGCGCCACCACUCUUUUCUCCAUCAGACCCCAAGCGAUCGAAUUGCAAUUCUCCAAGCCCCCAGUCCUUGGAUGAGUUUCUGAAUUUCGCCAUCGAAAAGUUCACUACAAAUUUUCAAUGGGCAGUCGGAGGAAAAAGAAGCGUACUGUGGAUUCAGACGAGCCUUCUUCAUCGUCACCGUCCUCCUCCGAUGACUCCGACAGCUCCUCUAUGCGGUCGCGCCGCCAUCACCGCAGUGGCAGUUCUAGAAGGGAGAAGGACAAGGAACGAGAGUCGAGGAGUAGAGAUAGGGAGAGGAAGAGAAAAGAUAGGAAUAGGGAGAGAGAUAGAAAGAGGAGAAAGAAGAAAUUGAGAAGGGAGAGCAAGAGAAAGAGGGAUGAUUAUGGAUCUGAGAGUGAUAAUGAAUCACCCCAUUCAGGGGAUUCUGUUGAUAGCAGGUCUGAUAGACGGAAGGUGAAAAUUAUUGAGCCUGAAGUGAUUGUACGCCAGCUGCUGAAGGAAUUUCCUGAUGUUGGGAACGACUUAAAACAGCUUCUCAAGAUGAUUGAUGAUGGACAAGCUGUUGAUAUUAGCGGAAUUUCUGAAAGGUCUUUGGCCAAGCGUUUGAAGAAGCUGUUUGUUUCAUUAAAUCUUGAAGAGUCUCAAGAAAGGGUAUUCUUACUACCUUCCAAUGUCCGUCCCACUCUGGAAGUUAUUGGACCACUUAUUGAGACUCAUAUGGAACAAAAGAGCAACCAGGUUGACCAUUCUGUAACUGUGGAUGAUAAGUCGUCACCACCUUUGAAUAUGGAAACCACACAAGCAAGAGAGGACGAUAUGUCAGAAUUGGCAUACCCAGAUGGUGAAGCCAGUGGUCCUAAAAGAAGGAUGCUUGGCCCUGAAAUGCCAUCAGCUGAGCUGCUUGCUGCUGCAGCAAAACUAACCGAAGCACAAACUGAGCUUAGGGAAGCUGAGUUGGAGGAAGACGAUGAGUUAUUUGUCGGGCCUCCACCACCUGCUAUGGUUGCAGAAGCUGAAACAGCCAAUGAGGCAGAACGGUUUGAAGAGGUUACAAGAAUUAUGGAUGUUGAGGGAGAUAGUCCAUACGACAUAUUGGGAUUGAACCGAAACCUUUCCAUUGAAAAUAUUAAAAAGAGGUACUGGAAAAUGUCACUUUUGGUGCAUCCAGACAAAUGCUCUCAUCCUCAGGCUAACCAAGCUUUUAUUCGAUUAAAUAAUGCUUUCAAGGAAUUACAAGAUCCUGAUAAGCGGAAGGCACUGGAUGACAAAAUUAAAUUCAAGGAGGAACAGGAGCAAUUUAAAGUUGAAUUAAGAGGGAUGCGUGAGGCUGCAAAAUGGAGAAAAUCACAAGGAAUAUCAAUGGAGGGUGAUGAAGAACUCCUUGCCAACAUGGAUGAUGAAGUUAAAGUAGAACCCAAAAGAGAUGAAUGGAUGACCAGCCUUCCUCCUGAAAGAAAGCCUGGCAUGACUAUGCAAUCUUCUAGAUUCAGCAAGAGCUCCAAGGAAGGUCGUGGCGACACGAGUGUUUGGACUGAUACGCCUUUUGACAGAGCUCAGAAAGCAAAGAUGAGUUACUUGGAAGCAUACAAUGAAGCCGCUGCACUUGCUUCAAAUGAAGAAGCGAAGAAAUAUAGUUCAGAGUCAGCUUUAGUGGACAAAUAUAAUCAAGAAAAACGCUCUAAAUCGCUUGUAGAGAAGCACCGUGAAGGUGCAAAAAGCCGUGGAAAGAAAAAAUCGAAGCAGGUGGUGGAGAAAGAAGACGACUGGGUGGGAAAACAUCCAUGGAAGCCUUGGGAUCGUGAGAAGGAUUUAACUGCUGGUAGGAAGACCAUAAAUUUUGAUCCUGAGAACAUGGCUCAAGGCUUAGGUUCAAGGUUUUCCUCAGGAAGCUACCAAAGGAAUUUUCUUUAGAUCACCGAAUGUUAGAAUCAUUUGUAUCUGCAAUAUGGGAUAACUGAGGAUAGAAACUUUCUUUGCAAAUCCUUCUCUUGCCAUCUUUUGUCACACAAGUCUAACUAUGUUGUAUUAUAUUUCAUUUUAUUUUAGUGUAAUUGCAUUCUAAUUUCUAAUGCAAGUUGUUCAAAAAUGAGGGUAUGCUUUGAAUAUGAAAUUUUGUUUCCAUGA